GUACAAGAGCGCCAAAAUCGUGUAUGCACAACAGUCGCUAUCGCGAUUGUUGCUGAGACUUGCAGUCCAUUUACUGUGCUUCCUGGUCUGAUGAACGAGUAUCGUGUCCCUGAGCUUAACGUUCAAAAUGGUGUUCUCAAAUCACUGGCAUUCAUGUUUGAGUACAUUGGGGAAAUGGGAAAGGACUACAUUUAUGCAGUUACACCUUUAUUAGAGGAUGCAUUGAUAGAUCGGUAA